AUCAGGCGGCGUCGCAUUGGCGUUGGACUGGCGCGAAUAUUUCUCCACUGGACCACACGAACACAGACCAACGCUGUACAGUACAGUCAGUACAUGCAGGAGCGAGGCACUUGACGCUUGAGUUCGUUCGAUGACCACUUUCUCGAUAAUCUGACCUGCCUACCAUACCUACCUGCCUUACCCAAUUGUCCUUCGACUCGACACAUUGGCUGUUAUUGAAACUUCACCAGUGCAUCUGUCGCUUCAUCGUCUUAACAGCCUGCUACAACCAACCAACCAACCAACCAACCAACCGGCACUCCCAUCUUUGGGACACCAUCCACCAUCCACGAUUCAGUUUCUUAUGCCAUGAAGUGGCCAGAAUGGCUUUUCAGAGCAGCGUUCUUAGAGAUGGCGAGUGGGUGACGCAGACCGUCAACUUCCAAGAUGCCUUGAAGGCCUCUUCCACCGCGCCCAAAAUCGCAUCAGAUCCAAGUCUCAAGGCACCUGAGUGUGGAAUACUCUCUAGGACUAUCAUCGAGAGCCCUGUCGUUCAUUGGAUUCUCCCAGUUUGCAUACGGUCGCGCUCUCAUAACGAUAUCGCAUUUAUUGGUGAUCGCUUCGUCCAAAUCAGCGAACUCCGCGAAGAUGGACAAGUGCACGAGGUUAUACGAAAAGCUGACUUUGGCACACGAAUCCGAAAUGCGAUAGUCCUGGGAGGUCCACCUAAGGGUGACAUCCCUGGCGCAGCCACUGCUUCAAUCAAGACCGAAGACGCUGAUGUUUCUAUGCAAGAUGUUGCACAGGCUAGCAAAGCCGACGCAAAUCGUGUACUAUCACCGCAACUACUAGUCCUGAUGCUCGAGACAGGCGAUGCCGUUUUUCUCUUCAUUCAAGAACGCCCAGAGGGGACACUGCAGUUUGUAACUACCAAGUUUCAGAGCCCCAGGAAUUUACAAUUCUUGGGUUAUCACCUUUCCAUUGACCCCUCGUCGCGAUAUAUGUCUGCUGGAUCCGCUGAAGGUGGAUUCAUCAUCUACGAGCUGGAGUCGCUGUUCAACAUGAGCUCUCAAUUUAAGAGCUGCGGAUCUAUCACGCCUGUCAAGUCUACUCGAGUUCGGGUAACGCAGGGCGUCAUACACAAAAUGGAGUUCUUAUAUCCACGACCGGAAGACGAUUACCAUAUCAUUCUCCUAUUGAUCAUUGUUCGACGUGAAGCGAGUAAGCAGGCUCACGUGUCUCGCAUGGUCGUCUACGACUGGGAGCUUGGUGACGAACUUAACACCGUAUUUCGAUCAGAGAAAGGGACACCGCUACCAAAAGAGCACCGAAUGCCCCUUAUGAUCAUUCCCCUCAAAGUCAAUACUGCCUUCCUGGCAGUUUCAGAACACUCGAUUGGCAUAGUAAAGAACGCAUUCACAGGGCAGACCUCGUUCGAUACCUUGGAAACACACUCCCCUCAACAGACCAAGUUGCAUCAUGGAGCUGCCGAACCGCUCUGGACCACCUGGGCGAGACCUUUUAGGAUUAACAUAUACUUGGAGAAGAUGGAUGUCAUCUAUCUGGCUCGUGAAGAUGGUGUUAUUGCACAUAUCGAGAUCGAUUCGCGAGAUCUAGUUCCAACAGUGAUGACUCUCGGAACAAUCAGCACCAACAUCACAACCGCUUUCACUACAGCUUAUGAUGUCUUCUCGGAUGUUUUGAUAACUGGCGGCGACUCUGGUCCAGGUGGAAUUUGGAAGGUGCUUAUCCCCCGCAAAGAUCCCCAACAAGUCAGUGUCAUCCCCAAUUGGUCCCCUGUGGUCGAUUUGGUUACGACAGAUAUCAAUCCUUCCUGGAUGAAUGAGAGCAAGAGUAAAGAUCUUUCGACGAAACGCAAGGUGUCAUCGAACUUAAGACCGAAGUCCGAUCGCAUCUUCUGCACAUCCGGCCGCGGGCCUCGGUCGAGUUUGACAGAAUUGAGAUGGGGCAUUCAGGCACGGAUUGGUAUUGAAUUCGACCAUGACCAGCAUGUCCGUCAGUCCUGGAUGUUCCCAGUUGAGGCUCGAGGCGAACAAGGCUUCUAUGUCAUUUUGUCACUGCCACAUUCUACUGACGUCCUUCAUUUCCCCGCUGAUCUCAGCAAUGCGAAUGCUUUAUCACCAGAGGCUUGUCCAUUUGAUACAUCAUCACGAACAAUCUCGGCAAUUCAGACAGAACAGGCCGUAAUAAUACAAGUCAGCGAGAUCUCCACGUGUCUUGUUGCACCCGCACAAAGCUCACGACACAAUCAUGGUGAAGUCUGUGGGAAGUCUUCGUUGCUAGCCGAGCAUGCCUGCUGCAUAGACGAUAUCGUGGUGUUAUCUUCACAUGGCGCAAACGCUUCCCAGAUUGAUGUUUUGCUGGUAGACCAGAUGGAUCUGACGCACUCAACCUCAAUUGAUGUCAAAGGGGAAAUAACAUGCAUUGGUCUCUUCAAGACGUCAGCACAGACUUACAUCGUUGCUGGUUCCGUAACGGAAGGGUUGCCACGCUUGACUAUAUACUCGUUGGAUGGCCUCGAGGUCAGCAGCAAGAUCACUCAGCCACAGCUCGCUACUCCUGGCCAGGAAGGUCACUUUCAUAUGGAAGCAUAUACAAGUGUGCAAGCCAUUUAUGAUACCGCUGAGAAGGUCAUCUUGGUGCUUGGCACGAGGAGCGGCCAUCUUGUGACGAUUCUGAUAUCAGGAGAAGAGAUUGCUCAUUACUCGCUUUCAAUUGAACAAAUUGGCAUUUCACCAACGAAUGUGUUUCCAGCAUCUAGCCUGUUUGAUGGAAAGCACGCCUUUUUCACAUGCUGUGACAACAGCCUGUCAAUUAUGACGGACUUUUCACCAAAGAGCAGCAGCUUCAAGACCAAGACCCGAAUCUGGGCAACCGACUCGAACGACCCGUCUAUGUCAUCACCCCCCGUUCAUGCAGCCUUUUGCCUCGAAGGUAGCCUUUCUGGGUACCAACGUCACAUGUCUCUUAUGCUACUAUCUGGGACACGAGUUCUCCUCGUUGAUAUUUGGCCGCAUGUUGGCCCUGUUCCUCGCAGCAUUCCUCUAGGCGGAACACCGAUGCGCGUCAUCUAUUCUCAAACUUGGAAGGUCUUGGUGGUCGCACACUUGAAAGAUGAUCGCCCAACACUCUCCUUUAUCGAUCCCGAAAGCGGAGCGAAUGUCGCAACGGCAGCUAACAAGGACAAGCAGCCGUCUGAUUAUAUUUCCGGCCUAGGACAUCCAGGAGACAGGAUAUUUGGUCUGUAUGAGUGGACCUAUGUCAAAGAUGGGAAACUAUUUCCUUUCAUCAUCGUGACCACCCAACAUGGUCGCCUGAUGAUUGUGUCUGUGACAGCACUCAAGCCUGAGAGCGACGAUGGCCCAGCGAAAAAAUUACAGUACUGGACCCGAUAUAAGAAGAAAGGCUUCGCCGAGCCUAUUUACACAGUCGUUGGAGAUGCUGUGGGUCUCCUAUUUUGUGUUGGCAAGGUUCUUCACUGGGAAGUCCUCGACCUUGCAGAGAAGAAGCUCAAACCUAUGAAACAGUUCAGGCUGGAUUCUCCAGCUACAACCCUGCGUGUGGAAGGGACAAAAGUCUGCGCCUUGACUGCGCAACACUCUCUUCAGGUCAUCGACCUGAACGUGGGAUCAGAAAAUACUGACCCUUCUAUUAUCCAUAGCGAUCGAGUGACUCGGUUUACGGGACAUGUGAUAGAGAUGGGAGACUCUGAAGAAGAACCAGGCAAGUGGCCAGUGAGUGUUAUAUCAACGGCACAAGCAGGUUUUGCAGGAGUGUGGAUCCCAUGGAGCCAGCGCCAUAAGGAGUUUGAAGUUGUCGUGACAGGGGUUUUGCCCACAUCUAUCAGAAGAUUCCGCAAGGGGCACACUCGGCCUUUUUGGUCAGCUGUUGAUCGCCAAAGACGAUACAAUACGCUGUUUAGUACAGCGGACCAGGCAGACAUACUGGGAGUGUCUCUUGAUGGUUCACUACACCAAUUCUCACUGAUAGGUCUGGAUCUUUGGCGUUUUCUCAGAUUGAUACAGAACUUGGCAUAUCAGGACAAUCAGGUUUGCCCCUUCGCCCGGAGCAGCCAAUCGUCGAGGGACAGCGAUCCGGAGAUGGACCUAGAUCCAGAGCUGGAGCCUCAGCGUUUCCGGGAGAUGAUGCAUAUUGAUGGUGAUCUAUUGAAACGUUGCCUCGAUAUGAGUGCGCUGGAAAGGCUGGUAUUGAUUGGAGAUGGCAUUGAUCUGUUUUGCGAGUAUUUAGAUGGAAUUGACGAUGGCAUAUAUACCGAAGGUUUCCGGGAGACUGGCUCCCAAGGGCAAGAGAAGUACAUCGAGCUGGGCUAUGAGAUUCUCGAGUAUGUUCUGACUCUAGCAAUCUAAGGAGGGAAUAUAGCGAGUCACAUGAGAAGGUAUUUAAUGUGGUAUAGAUAAAAUAACGACUCUCAACGAUAAUAGUCAGAUUCGUGAGUCAGAAUAUGACUCAAUUUGACUGCUGCUUACAACCUCGUCUCAUCUUACG